AUGGACGAGCAGAGAUACGCCCAGGAAGACGUGCAGGAUGCAGCUUCCGUCGGGUCUGCGCUGAGCGAUCUCGAAAACGAUGCCGAGGACGAAUUCGAGAAGCGCAUGAUCCAGAAUGCGCGCGACGAGCGGCGGCUGAACCAGGCGCUGGGGAGCAGACCGCAGGCUUUCCGGAAGGCACGCACGCACCCACGCGUCGGGCUGACUCUGGACAACCUGGAGAGGAACAACGCGGUAGCUGGGGCGGAUGGCCAUGUCAAAUUUGAGAGCCCGCCCAGCAGCACCGGGAGCGCGAGGAGCGACCCGGCGAUACACGCGCCAGCUACAUGGGGGAGGAAGAGCAGGAGCAACCGGAACUGGAUGCGUACCAUCACGUACGAGGAAGAGCAGCAGCAGACACCCGAGCGAGCCGACGACACAAUACACGACCACUACGAUGAAGCACAUGCAAACGUGCCGCGUCGCUCAGUCGAAGACAGCCCGCUCUCGCACAAGGGCACACCACGCAACGACCAGUCGCAAGAGUGGGACCUUACGUUCGAGCUCAACGAGGCCUCUAUGAUCGCAUCCACGCCUUACAUACCACGGAACACUGUGUUAGACGAUAUACGGCAGAGAGAGAUGCAGAGUGUCAAGGAGCAGGCAGCCACUGCCCGGCUGGAGAGAAUGCGCCAAGGGUCGCCCGAACAAUCGCGCCCGCGGACGUCUUCUAUACGGACGGUAGACACCGUAGAUAGCAGCGCGAGAAUAACAGAUCAGGUGACACAGCCAGCUCCUUCGCCCAAGCGGAGACUGCGCACGCGGACUCAUUCGUGGCAGUCCAUUGGGAAGGCGCAACCGGUCACGGGCAUCGGCAUGGAAGAUCCGCCGGUUGCCAUGUACAAGAGUGCUGAGAACAUAGCUACAGUAGAUCGCGAAGUAGUCGCCACGGCCCAGCCUGUCCCUCCAAGACGCAUACCGAAUCGAAGAGAAGACUCACAGGAUCUAUUGCGGCGGCUCGCGAGAGUAUCCAACACACCAAGCCCGAGACAGGCAGCACCAUCCAGACCGGAAUCUGCGCCCCCGGCACCGCUCGACAGCGCACCGCAGACUGUGCUGACCGAGACUACGCAAUCUGAAAGCAAACCCGCCUCUGUGGAGGAGACGCCUGUCUCUGCCGAGGUUCCUGAUGCGGCAGCAGCGACCUCGAUCGUGCGGCAAGAGCACACUGAAUCCAGGGAAGCUGCGGCAAGCACCGAGCAUGUGGAAGCUACACCAAUGCCGAAAGAGCGACCUGCCCUGAACCCAAAGACGCCAGUGGUGACUGGUGCUUGGGUCGAUACACCAGGCCCGCGUACAGUACAAAGACCUGCCGUGGCGUCCAGAUCGCGUUCACUUUCACCCAAGAAAGGCAGUCCGCGCAAGCAAAGACCGUCUGAGAAGGCCGAAGAGCCAUCCGAAGCCAUGUCCGUAGAGCCUGUUCGCCCUCAACUUCCAAAGUCUGCAUUGCAGGCUCUCGUAGACGAAGCCAAAUCUCAAGGCAGACGGCCAUCAGCCGACUUCGGCGAUUCGACCAUCAACUCACUCGAGGAUCUCAUCGCUCCGUCAGGUGAAAGCCAAAUAGACGAAGACACUCUUCAAGGCCUUCAGCUACCGACCGAGACUCCUCGUAACGAGGCAGAGCGCCAGCGACAGCAAGAACUGUUACAUCUCCACCUCAUGAACGACCGGCUUCGCGCAGCGCGGACCAGCAUUCGCGACGCAAGCCGCGGCAUGAAGCGCGUCGAAGACCAAGUCGAGCACGUAGAAGAGGGCGAGAAUGGCGAAAAAGUCAAAGUGAACUUUUCCAUGUUGAGAUGGUGGAAAAGUCUGUUCUGGCAGCAACAAUUGAAGACCCUGCGCCAGACAUCGAACAGUUGGGGGAGAGCGUGGGGCGGGCUCACAGGCUUGAGUAUCUUCUUGAUAAUCCUUUUCACUUGGUGGAUAAGUGAAGAGAUUGCUUGCGAGAUGUACUGCCAGCCGAUGUAUGCUUACUCGUCGCCCCACCCGUUCAGCGUCAACAUGAAGGCUCCCAAGUUCCCCUUUGUCAUACCCACAGUCAUCUACCGGACCUUCGUUCAAGGCUGGUGGGUACCAAUAUCGUCCUUCUUUUCUUGGAUUGCCGCCACCAUGUGGAGUGUGUUCUUUGGUUUCGAAGAGGCGCAGGCCGUUAAUUACAGUGCCAGCCAGACUAUCAAAGCUGGGAGCACCAUGAGGGAAAGCCACUGGAUUAGCGACGAGGCGGCCAAACUUAUGGAGGAGAAGGGCUGGGAUCACAGCAUGUUUGAAGACGAGAUUCUGCCUGGGGGCAGGUGA